UUUUAAAGUUCUGCAUAAUUUAAAAGAAAAUUUUUUUUAUUUAAGUUAAAAACAACGAAUAGUGCUUUAUACAUUUGAGUGAAUAUAAAAAUUCUUUCCAAAUCUCAUUUAAUAUAUUAUUUACAUUACAUUAAUCGAAAAAUUAUAAUAUUUCAAAUUCAAAAUAUAAUCUACAGAAUUCUAUUUGUUCCAUAAAGAAAAUUUUAUUUCCGGAAUAAAAUUAUUUAAAAUUAUUAAAAUUACUAUUUAUAUGAAAUAAUUUCGGCAUCUAUAUAGAAAUAAUCAUUACGUAUUAAAAAAUGAUUUAUAUCUGUAUUUUACUUUGUGCAUUUAUUGCUCCAUUCUCAUACACUUUUGGUAAUGAAAUAUCAUCAGAAAUAAUUGAACCACCUCCAGUAGAAGUAUCUAUUGAAGAUUCCAUUCGUAAAAAAGGAUCUAAUGAAAUAUCAAUUCAUGUUACUCUUAAUAACACUGAAAGAGAAUUCAUUUUACAAACUGUCGAUAAUUUUGCUGGUAAAAAUACAAAAGUUUGGAUAGCUAAGAAAGUGAACGAUAAAUUUGUAUAUACUCUACAAGAAGAUUUUAUGAGAAAAUCAAAUAAUAUUACAUUCUUUUACAAUAAUCAAACCGAAUCUGAAGUAUUUCAGACAGUAAGUGAAAACGGAGAAUCACAAUUUAAUAGCGUUAUUAAUUAUGAUCAAGUUGAUAAUGAACCAAUCAAUGUAUCAAAUUUAAGCACCGUGUAUCCAGAAAUUUUAGUCUAUGUUGAUAAAACACUUUUUCGACACUUUGAUUAUGAUAUUGAAAAAACUGUAAUUUAUACACUAACUCUUUGGAAUGGAGUGGAUCUCGAUUUUAGAGAAUUACAAAAUCCGUCAGUUCGUCUUAACAUUGCAGGAAUUGUAUUGUGUCAGGAUCAACCUUUAGGAAAUGAUCCAUUUAGAGUAUAUUCAAAAAAACUGGACGAAUUUGGUAAAUUUAUGUACAAUCAAGAUCAAUUCAAAUUGGGAAAGGAUUACGAUAUUGCUGUAUUAUUAGGUGCAGAUCCAUUAUUCAAUUCGGGCACUGCAGGUAGGGCAUUUUUGGGAAGUACUUGUGUUAAUAACACUUAUGAACAAAAAAUAGCUUCUACAGCGAUUAUUUUGGAUAAUACUGCCUUUUCUGGAAUAAAUACAGCUUCACAUGAAUUAGGUCAUUUAUUCGGAGCUCCUCAUGACGGUGAGAAAGAUGAUUCAACAGCGAAGCACUGUUCUUUUUAUGAUGGCUACAUUAUGAGCUAUACCACAAUUGACGAAAAACAAUAUUACUUUUCCACGUGUUCUAAAAAAAUUAUGUCUAACUAUCUCAGAAGCGAGGCUCCUAAAUGCAUUCGUAAUAAUCCAUUGGUUAAUGAAACUAAUGAACAAAUGUUAAGAAUUUUGCCUGGUAAAUUUAUGACAAUAGACGAACAAUGUCAAAGACAAGGAUAUCUCCGAGCAUAUGAUGUGAAUCCAGUCUCUUGCAAAACCAUACAAUGUAAGAGGGUUGAGCCGGGGGCUACAGCAUUUUCUUCUAUUGCAGCACUUGAAGGAACGCCUUGUUACAUAGGAAAAUAUUGUCUGAGAGGAGAGUGUGUUAAAGUAAAUUUCAACACAACUGAAAAUAAUAAACAUUCAAAAGAAUUAUUUCCAUCACUUUCUCAACAUCCUACAUUUAAUAAAUCUGCAACAGAGCAGUGCAUAGAAAUGGGAAUAGAAAAUGUUACCAAUGCCUAUUUUGAAAACUGCCAAGUAAAGUGCAAGUUUCCGAAAGAAGGAUUCACAUACUCUAUGUUUAUAGACGCUCAUUAUGGAACUUUGUGCAGUAAUGAUGGAUAUUGCCAUAACGGAAAGUGUAUUGGUAUGAAUAACAGUGAAGUAACUGAUAAUGUUGUUCCUGAUGACUCAAUACCUGACAGUAUUAAUCAUGAUAAUACUUAUACUAUGCCUGAUAAAUAUAUAACAGCAGACGAACUAUGUCAAAAAAAAGGAUAUAUCCGAGCAGUAGAUGUGAAUCCAGACAUUUGCCAAAGCAUAAACUGUUUGAAGGAAACAGGAUAUAUAAUUUAUACAAAUAUGCCAGCACUUGAAGGAACGCCUUGUUACAUAGGAAAAUAUUGUCUGAGAGGAGAGUGUGUUAAAGUAAAUUUCAACACAACUGAAAAUAAUAAACAUUCAAAAGAAUUAUUUCCAUCACUUUCUCAACAUCCUACAUUUAAUAAAUCUGCAACAGAGCAGUGCAUAGAAAUGGGAAUAGAAAAUGUUACCAAUGCCUAUUUUGAAAACUGCCAAGUAAAGUGCAAGUUUCCGAAAGAAGGAUUCACAUACUCUAUGUUUAUAGACGCUCAUUAUGGAACUUUGUGCAGUAAUGAUGGAUAUUGCCAUAAGGGAAAGUGUAUUGGUAUGAAUAACAGUGAAGUAACUGAUAUUGUUGUUCCUGAUGACUCAAUACCUGACAGUAUUAAUCAUGAUAAUACUUAUACUAUGCCUGAUAAAUAUAUAACAGCAGACGAACUAUGUCAAAAAAAAGGAUAUAUCCGAGCAGUAGAUGUGAAUCCAGACAUUUGCCAAAGCAUAAACUGUUUGAAGGAAACAGGAUAUAUAAUUUAUACAAAUAUGCCAGCACUUGAAGGAACGCCUUGUUACAUAGGAAAAUACUGUUUGAGAGGAGAGUGUGUUGAAGCAACGUUGAAUACAACACAAUCACUUUCUGAACUGCCUAAAUUUAAUAAAACCGCAGAAGAGCAGUGCAUAGAAAUGGGAAUAGAAAAUGUUACCAAUGCCUAUUUUGAAAACUGCCAAGUAAAGUGCAAGUUUCCGAAAGAAGGAUUCACAUACUCUAUGUUUAUAGACGCUCAUUAUGGAACUUUGUGCAGUAAUGAUGGAUAUUGCCAUAACGGAAAGUGUAUUGGUAUGAAUAACAGUGAAGUAACUGAUAUUGUUGUUCCUGAUGACUCAAUACCUGACAGUAUUAAUCAUGAUAAUACUUAUACUAUGCCUGAUAAAUAUAUAACAGCAGACGAACUAUGUCAAAAAAAAGGAUAUAUCCGAGCAGUAGAUGUGAAUCCAGACAUUUGCCAAAGCAUAAACUGUUUGAAGGAAACAGGAUAUAUAAUUUAUACAAAUAUGCCAGCACUUGAAGGAACGCCUUGUUACAUAGGAAAAUACUGUUUGAGAGGAGAGUGUGUUGAAGCAACGUUGAAUACAACACAAUCACUUUCUGAACUGCCUAAAUUUAAUAAAACCGCAGAAGAGCAGUGCAUAGAAAUGGGAAUAGAAAAUGUUACCAAUGCCUAUUUUGAAAACUGCCAAGUAAAGUGCAAGUUUCCGAAAGAAGGAUUCACAUACUCUAUGUUUAUAGACGCUCAUUAUGGAACUUUGUGCAGUAAUGAUGGAUAUUGCCAUAACGGAAAGUGUAUUGGUAUGAAUAACAGUGAAGUAACUGAUAUUGUUGUUCCUGAUGACUCAAUACCUGACAGUAUUAAUCAUGAUAAUACUUAUACUAUGCCUGAUAAAUAUAUAACAGCAGACGAACUAUGUCAAAAAAAAGGAUAUAUCCGAGCAGUAGAUGUGAAUCCAGACAUUUGCCAAAGCAUAAACUGUUUGAAGGAAACAGGAUAUAUAAUUUAUACAAAUAUGCCAGCACUUGAAGGAACGCCUUGUUACAUAGGAAAAUACUGUUUGAGAGGAGAGUGUGUUGAAGCAACGUUGAAUACAACACAAUCACUUUCUGAACUGCCUAAAUUUAAUAAAACCGCAGAAGAGCAGUGCAUAGAAAUGGGAAUAGAAAAUGUUACCAAUGCCUAUUUUGAAAACUGCCAAGUAAAGUGCAAGUUUCCGAAAGAAGGAUUCACAUACUAUAAUAUUAUAGACGCUUAUUAUGGAACAUCGUGCGGUAAUGACGGAUACUGUCAUUACGGAAAGUGUAUUAAUGUGGUUAAAGUAACUACUCCUGUUGUUGAAGAAAUAACCGAUAAGUCGGUACCUGAUGUUACUGAUUCUAAUAAUACUUCUUCUAUUAUGCCUAAUAAAUUUAAAUCUGCUGAUGAACAAUGUAAAGAAGCUGGAAUGUUAAAAUUUUCAAAUAAAACUAUUAAGGAAUGUAUCUUAAUUUGCGAAAUUGAAAUGGACAACAAUAUUGAUACCAACCCAUAUGAUUCUUCAUCUAUAAAGGAAAAUAUUUAUGAUACAAGUGACAUUUACAAAAAAGUAACAGCACAAGAUGGAUUUCCAUGCCAGGAGAAUGGGUACUGUCAAGAUGGAAAAUGUGUGAAUAUGACAAUUACUGAUACCAAUCCAAGCUCUACUGAUUUUCCCUUACCCGAGGAAAAUUCUGUUGGUCUUCCAAAUGAUACAACAACUCCUCAGAGUUUAACAAAUUUUACUGAUGUUAAACCUUUAAAUGAUAAGAUAACUACUCCUGAGGUGGAUGUAACAACUCCAAAGUCAAUUGCUAACGAUGAUAGUCAGAUUGAUGAUGACAAAAAUAAUAAUGACAGUCCAAUUUUUGAUGCUAGUGGUUUGGAUGACCUAAUUAAAGCGUUAGAGAAUGACAAAUGCAAAGCAGAUACGUCUGACGAUGAAUUACCAAUAUGUGAGGACAAUGAAUUAAGCUCCAAUAAUUUGGAUGGUACUAAUACGUCCACAAUUCAUAAUAUAAUAACUCCUGAUAGCAACACAGGUUUUCAUGAUGUUAAAUCUCCUAAUGAAAACAUAACUACUCCUAAGGUGGAUGUAACAACUCCAAAGUCAAUUUCUAACGAUGAUAGUCUGAUUGAUGACAAUAAUAAUAAUGACAGUCCAAUUUUUGAUGCAAGUGGUUUGGAUGACCUAAUUAAAGCGUUAGAGAAUGACAAAUGCAAAGCAGAUACGUCUGACGAUGAAUUACCAAUAUGUGAGGACAAUGAAUUAAGCUCCAAUAAUUUGGAUGGUACUAAUACGUCCACAAUUCAUAAUAUAAUAAAUCCUGAUAGCAACACAGGUUUUCAUGAUGUUAAAUCUCCUAAUGAAAACAUAACUACUCCUAAGGUGGAUGUAACAACUCCAAAGUCAAUUUCUAACGAUGAUAGUCUGAUUGAUGACAAUAAUAAUAAUGACAGUCCAAUUUUUGAUGCUAGUGGUUUGGAUGACCUAAUUAAAGCGUUAGAGAAUGACAAAUGCAAAGCAGAUACGUCUGACGAUGAAUUACCAAUAUGUGAGGACAAUGAAUUAAGCUCCAAUAAUUUGGAUGGUACUAAUACGUCCACAAUUCAUAAUAUAAUAACUCCUGAUAGCAACACAGGUUUUCAUGAUGUUAAAUCUCCUAAUGAAAACAUAACUACUCCUAAGGUGGAUGUAACAACUCCAAAGUCAAUUUCUAACGAUGAUAGCCUGAUUGAUGACAAUAAUAAUAAUGACAGUCCAAUUUUUGAUGCUAGUGGUUUGGAUGACCUAAUUAAAGCGUUAGAGAAUGACAAUGAAUCAAGCUCCAAUAGUUUAGAUGAGCUAAAUAAAGCGAUAGAGAAUGACAAUAAAUUAAGCUCCAAAAGUUUAGAAGACAUAAUUAAAAUGUUAGAGAAUGAGACUUGCGAAGCAGAUUUUUCUGAAGAUGGAUGUGAUAACACCACUGACUUGAAUUCAAAUACAACCUUUCAUAAUUUAGUUGAUUCUAAUAAUUCCACAAUUCAUGUUUCUAAUCCCGAUAACAUUCAAAAUUCUACUGAUUCUACUUCCUCCUCGGAUGGUUUAGUUGCUCCUUUAGAUGGUAAAACAACUCCCGAUAGCAUUACAAUUAUCAAUAAUGUUGAAUCUGCUGAAAACAUUACUACUCCUUUUGUUGAAGUUACGACUCCUAUAGUUGAAAUAACUACUCCUGUUGUUGAAGUAACAACACCUGUUGUUGAAGUACCAGUUCAAAGUACAACCGACAUUGAUGAUAGAAACAUUAUGCCUGAUAAUCCAAAACUAUAUUCAUUUGAUAAACUAGCUCAUGAAGAUUGUCAGAAAGCUGGUGCUUCAGGUGCUUUAAAAAUUUAUCCAACCUUAUGUGAUAUGAGUUGCUAUAAGUUACCAAAUAAUUUGACAACAAAUCUUACAAUGAAUGCUCCAAAUGGUUUUCCAUGCACUAAAGGAAUGUAUUGCCAAGACGGUCUGUGUGUCAAUGAUGAUCGAGAAAGUCCGGUGGAUCUAAAUAAAAAACCAUUGUUAACUGAGGAAGGAAAAUUGAUGUUGGAUAAUCUAGCAUGUAUAGAAAUUGGAGCUACUAGUGCUUCUAAAAUCUCGACGACUGAUUGUGUUUUACAUUGCAAGACAACGAAGAUGGUUAAAUACGAUUUUAUGCCCAAAGAGUUAUAUAGUCAUAUGUAUUUGAAUUAUAAUGCGCCAAAUGGUUUUCCAUGCGGUAAUAAUGGAAUUUGUUAUAAUAAUACUUGUAUCCAUCAAAAUCAAUCUAAGGGAAAAAAUUAAUAUAUAGAAAUUUAAGAAAAAA